AAACAUAUAGCUCAUGGCCUGGUCCCUGCUGCUACCAUAGCUCCUAAACCUGCCGUUCCCCGCACCCCUCCCCCUCGUAGUCCAAACCCUUCUCCAGAAAGGCCCAGAUCUGCUCUAGCAGCAGCUGUCCUGGCAACAGCACUAACAGGGCGCACUGUUGCUAUUCCUCAGCCUCGGCAGCGAGGUGAUUCCACCUGUGUGGAACAAGAAUGUUUUGAACCAUAUGCAACAGCCACAGAGCUCAGAAUGGGGCCCAACUGGAAACUUGAUGGUGGUGACAGAUCUCCUCUACAGUCCCUGGAAAUAUCAGGCAAUUAUGGUGAGGAGGAGGACAUGGACACCUACGUUUCAGAUGCUGAUAAAGAGGCAGAGUCCAGCUGUCAGAGUAGUGAGAAAAGGGGUGAAAGCUUUGGCACCAAUGCUAUUUAUGCUGUUCCCUGCAAAAAUGGAAAGGCAGAGCUUCCACCAUCAGCCAUAACUGACGCUGACAAGAAAGAGGCACCUCCUCAUGAAACUGAGUUUCAGGUGCAGGUGGAUGAGUCAAACGUUCAAAUAGAAGAAGACCAAAAUCUUGGCUUGAAUUUAAAGGAAGGAAAAUCAUUAGCUGAAAAUCUGAUACGAGAAAAGCCUCCACCAUCCCCAGAUGUGUCUAUUCGGGCAAGGCAAGCCCGGGAAAAUACGACUAGAGAAAAGUUCAGAGACCUAAAACAAGAAAACUGGACUCUGAGCAAGGCAUACCAGGCUAUGGUCCAACAAUUUGAGGGAACAAAACAGCAAAUGGAAGAACAGCAAUUAAAGCUGAAGAGACUAGAACAAGAAAACAGAAAACUUAAAGAGGCUGCAGAGAAGGCACAUAGAGAAGAGGAGGCUACAGAAUUACUUUUUCUCAGACAACAAGCACAAGAACUGGUAGAUGAAAAUGAUGCUUUGAAAAUGACGGUCCAUCGUUUAAAUGUAGAAUUAAGUCGCUAUCAAACUAAAUUCAGGCCAUUGUCCCAAGAGGAGCAUCUAAAGCUGAAAAGUUUACCCAUGAAAGGACCUCCACCACCAUGGCUGUUGGAUAUGAAGUACUUGUCACCUCUUCUGUUGGCAUAUGAAGAUAGAAUAAGAGAAAUGGAAAAUUUAAAUCUUGAACAUGAGGAGGAUAUGAAGAACUUUAAAGUACGAAUUGAAGAGCUGGUGAAGGAGAAUGAAAGCCUGCAUGAGCAAUUAAACAAAAAUAACUUUAUUAGCCCUACGGAAUGGCAACAGCUGCAAACUCAGGCCAAGCUGGUCUUGGAAGAAAACAAAUUGUUGAUGGAGCAACUUGAAAUUCAACAAGUGAAAGCAAAAGAUAGUCACAGACAACAUAUUCAAGAAGCUUCAAAAUUGACCAAACAGAUAAUAAGCUUAGAAGAUAAGAAACAGAGUCAAGAAGAAGAGAUAGCGGCCUACCAGAAGCAGUUGAAAGCUUUGCGUUCUACUUGUGAAGAGCUGAAAGCCCAAAUGGACAGCAGGAGAGCAGCAGAGGAGCAGCUUGCUUUGGUGAAUGAUUUAAAAAGCCGUUUACAACAGGAACAGGAGAAAAAGCACUGCGAGGUGGAAGAUUUAACAGGAAAGAUAGCAUCACUGCAAGCUCAGAACAAGCAGCUGGUUUUAGAAAAGAAUAACUUCAUGGCUGACAAGAAGAUCCUAGAAACCGAGAUGGAAAUGACACAAAAAACAAACAGGCAAUUAAAAAAUAAAAUAGGCAUCUUGAAAAUGCAGCUGGAGGAAGCAAUGGAAAAAGAAGUUGCAGCCUGUCACUAUCUAAGAAACAUUAUUGGUUUGGCGGAGAAGAUAGCUCAGGAACGUGAUCAACUUAUGUUUUUGGCCAAAUGUUUGGAAAAUGAGAAUCAGGGUGUUCUCAAAAAAAUAGUAGAAGGCAGCCUACGCGUAGGAAGAUUGGAAGAAAAAGUUAAGGUAUAUAAAAAGAAAGCAGCUGGGAAGCUUGGAGAUAUGAGUCUCAAAAUGACUGAGCAGGAGAAAGAAUUUGCAGGGAAGACUGCUCAGUACCAGCAAGAGGUGAAACACCUCCAGCAUCUGCUGCAAGACAAAGAGGAAACCCUCAAUGAAGUGCUGCAGCAGAAAAGUAAAGUGGAAGGGGAACUUGAAAUCGUAUGGGAAUCCACAACCAAAGAAAACAGGAGAAUGAGAGAACUCUUACAUGAAUCCCUGGGGAAGAAAAACAUGUGGAGUACUGUCACAGUUCAUGAGCCACACGAAAAUGAAAUCUCUCAGAAAGACCUCGUGUACGGACAUGAUUUUAGCUACUGCGAUGUGAAACCUUCAUCCCCUGCUAAAGAUGAAAUUCAACAAGAAUCUCAGUGGUAA